AUGGAUGAUUGUAGUUAUACCAACAUUGCCAGCAAACCCAUAUAUAUCCAAGUACCGUCAGACCUCCGAAUUACUCCACCAAAUCCAGAAAUUCCUGGAUUACCUAAACUGCUCCCAUCAACAUUCAGAACAGUGGUUGUGCUCUCCUCUGGAUGCCAAAUCAUUCUUUCGUUUGCUUUCUCUUUUCUUCUUCAUCUAUUCAAUUUCAAAAAGCACCUUAACUCUUUCAUCACUCUUCUUACCUUGAUCAACAUUACCGGUGUUGCAACCAACAACAAUAACAAUAAUAAUCUAAAAUUUGUUAACCCUUCAGUUUCAUUCAAAUCAAAACCUAAGCCUAUUAUCUCUAUUUCAGGACAGCCCAAGAUCCGUGAAAUGGAACGAUUUGUUAAUUGUACCGAGAGUGUUGGAUUUGAGAACAUUGAUGAAAAUGAUGAGUAUGAAGGUGAAUAUUGUCCGACGAAGAAGAGAGGUGUAAAUAGUAGUAAUACAUUUCCACCACCACUUUCUUCGUUAGGUGGUAACGGUCAACCGAGUUUUAUUCUAUUACCGGUGAGAAAGAACGGAAUGUUACAACUCAACAAAGUGGAAGUAAAGAGACCUACACCUCUCUACGCUAGUCGAGAAGAUGGACGGUUGAGAUUGUAUCUUGUUCCAGAUCAAUGCUACAUAGAUGAUAUGGAACAAGAGGAGUCUGAUGAGGAAGAAGAAAAUGAAGAAGAGGAAGAAGAAAGUACUAUUGUAGAAUCAGAAUCAUCAGAAGAGAAAAUGGUUGAAGAGAGUAGGUAUGAGGAAGAUGAUAGGGUUAGAGAGUGGAAUAAACAGUAUAGAAGGAAGUGUCAUCAGGAAUUUGUGAGUCAUAUUCAUGGAAGCCAUAACAACCUGCUCAUGUGUGGAGUUGGUAUUGCAUGA